AUGGCUUCGAAAAAUGCGCGUAAUAUUGGUUUGAUCAUCCUUAAAAACCUCGGAUUAACUGAUGAAGAAGCAGAAGUACUUGAAAAUCAGAAGCCAGAGCAAAUAAAUACUAUUUUUGCAAGAGAUCAAUCUGGACUUGGCUAUAAGAAGCUAUCUACUAACUAUGCAGCCGAAGCUAACAACGUUUUUGCAAGAAUAUCAGCUAAAAUUGCAAAUGAUAAUAAAGAUCAAGUCAAAACGUGCAUAGCAUCAACAGCAACAAAAACUCAUCAAUUUAUACCCCGCAGAUUACAAAAGAAAUCAAUUGGUUCUUUAUCUAAUGAAGAUUUGGCUACAAUUCUUUCAGAAGUAGCCCCUACAACUGCUCAAACUUCUCAAAUUACGACAUCAACUCCAGAAGAGCCAGCAAAGCGUAAGAGAAGGCAUCACCAUCACCAUGCAACCGAAGAACAGUAG